UGGUACCCCUUUAUGAGCACUCAGCUCCCCCGCAUUGUGGAACCCAGCCCGCAGGCCUUGACCAUGCAGAAGGCGGGACGGCUGCUAGGAGGCUGUGCGCGGUCAUGGCAGUCAGUGAGGAUGGCCAGCGCCGCUGGGACUCGCCAAAACCCGCUCGCGAACAAGGUGGCCCUUGUAACCGCCUCGACCGAAGGGAUUGGCUUUGCCAUUGCCCGGCGUCUGGCCCAGGAUGGGGCCCACGUGGUCAUCAGUAGCCGCAAGCAGCAGAAUGUGGACCGAGCUGUGACCACGCUGAAAGAGGAGGGACUGAGUGUGACAGGCACUGUGUGCCAUGUGGGGAAAGCUGAGGACCGUGAGCGGCUGGUGGCCAUGGCUGUGAACCUUCAUGGAGGUAUUGAUAUCCUGGUCUCCAAUGCUGCUGUCAACCCUUUCUUUGGGAACCUGAUGGAUGUCACCGAGGAGAUGUGGGACAAGGUUCUGAACACUAAUGUGAAGGCCGCAGCCAUGAUGACAAAGGCAGUAGUGCCAGAGAUGGAGAAACGAGGAGGUGGCUCAGUGGUGAUUGUGGCUUCCAUAGGAGCCUUCAAUCCACUUCCUGGCCUGAGCCCUUACAAUGUGAGUAAAACAGCCUUGCUGGGCCUUACCAAGAACAUGGCUCUGGAGCUGGCCUCAAAGAACAUUAGAGUGAACUGCCUGGCACCCGGACUCAUCAAGACUAAUUUCAGCACUCUAUUGUGGAUGGACAAGGCAAAAGAGGAGCACAUAAAAGAAAUCAUGCAUAUUAGAAGGAUAGGCAAGCCAGAGGAGUGUGCAGGCAUCGUGUCUUUCAUGUGCUCUGAAGAUGCCAGCUACCUCACUGGGGAGACAGUAGUAGUGGGGGGAGGAGCCCCAUCCCGCCUCUGAGGACCUGGAGACGGACCACCAGUGCAAGUUGGCUCCCUCCUGGAAGGCAUUCUAGCUUUGUCUGCUAGCCUUUUCCACCUCUGCCUAUCAUCCUGCUCACCCCCACAAAAUCAGUUCUGUGGUCAAGGUGUGGUUUGAUGAGGAUUCCUGCUGUUGCUCUGACCUUGGAUAAAGUCUUCCCCUGAAAACAACAGAGCAAGUCUGCUGAGAAAGCUAUGUCUACCUCAGCAAAGACCAACAAGUUGUUUUGUUUUGUUUUCCUGGAUCUCUGGGAAAAUUGAGGAGAGAUGGGAGAAAUGGAACCUGUAGUUGAAGGAGCAGGGUUGGAAAUUAACAACUUGCAAAUGAGGUGCGAAUAAAAUGCAGAUAAUUGCGUUGCUUUGAAUCAGCCUGUUCGCUUCUCAGGGUUGGGUGCUUAGGUAUGGGAACUGUGCAGAAGUCUGGACAGGAUGGACCUCUGGCUCUCCGCAUCCCUCCUCCCUGUCUCCCGGGCCUGAGCGUGACACUCAAGGGUGGAGGUGUCUGCUGAGCUGCCAUCUGGGAGGAGGUGGCUUGGGAAUUCCCAGGUGCUACUCUCAGCCUCACACCCCCAGGGAUGGCGCCAAGGACGCCACUGGGAUGCCGGAAGCUCAGCAAGUGAGCAGGAAAGGACAAACUCCCCCAGGUCUGGCCAGGUCCUCUCCCGGCAUCGCCCUUGGUUCAGAGUUCCCUCAGGGUCAGCA